CAAGUGCUGGAGGAGCUUGGGUUCUCUCUCUCUCCUGUCAUAUAUCCUGGUCUAACAUGUGCAAAGUUCUUGUGUUCAUUUACAGUGUUAAGACAUAGCUAUAUAAAUUAUGACAGGGGAAGCAAGUAAAGCUAAACCUAAGCAUCUGGUGCACUGGUUUAGGAAAGGACUUCGUCUGCACGAUAAUCCUGCUCUCCGAGCGGGCCUCAAAAAUGCUGCAACGUUCAGAUGUAUCUUUAUAUUGGAUCCGUGGUUUGCCGGGUCGUCCAAUGUUGGCAUCAACAAGUGGAGGUUCCUGCUACAAAGUCUUGAGGACCUUGAUAGUUCGCUUCGGAAACUUAAUUCUCGCCUGUUCGUCAUCCGCGGCCAACCAGCGCACGUCCUUCCUGAGCUUUUUAGAGAGUGGGGCACAACAUGUUUAACUUUCGAAAAAGAUCCCGAGCCAUUUGGCAAAGCACGUGAUGCAAAUAUUGUGGCCAUUGCCCGUGAGAUGGGCAUCAACGUUAUUGUUAAGACCUCUCAUACACUCUACAAACCAGAAAAAAUUAUCGACAAAAAUGGCGGCAAACCACCUCUUACGUACAAAUCAUUCCAAAAUAUCUUAAUGAGUAUGGAUCUGCCACCUCUGCCUCAAAGCACAAUUACUCUUAAAGACCUGGAGGAUAAAUAUACUCCUUUAUCUGAUGACCAUGAAGAGAAAUAUGGAGUUCCCACUCUGGAAGAGCUGGGUUUUGACACAGACUCGUUAAAUCAAACCGGUUGGAAGGGAGGCGAGAAUGAAGCCCUGACCAGGCUAGAGCAUCAUCUAGAGCGCAAAGCUUGGGUUGCCUCGUUUGGACGACCCAAGAUGACUCCACAGUCUUUGUAUCCAUCCCGCACUGGACUAUCGCCAUACCUUAGAUUUGGUUGUCUAUCUUGUAGAAGAUUUUUUUCCGAGCUUAAUGACUUGUAUAGAAAGAUUAGAAAGUCUCCUCCGCCACUGUCCCUGCAUGGUCAGUUGUUGUGGCGAGAAUUCUACUACACUGCAGCAACCAACAACCCAAAGUUUGACCAUAUGGAAGGAAACCCCAUAUGUGUUCAGAUACCUUGGGAUAAGAAUCCAGAAGCUCUUGCAAAAUGGGCCAAUGGUCAAACAGGAUAUCCCUGGGUGGAUGCCAUCAUGACUCAGCUGCGGAAAGAGGGGUGGAUCCACAACGUGGCUCGGCAUGCUGUUGCUUGCUUCCUGACUCGGGGCGAUUUGUGGGUGUCUUGGGAAGAGGGUAUGAAGGUUUUUGAUGAAUUACUAUUGGAUGCAGACUGGUCUGUAAAUGCUGGGUCCUGGAUGUGGCUCUCAUGUUCUUCAUUUUUCCAGCAGUUUUUCCACUGUUACUGUCCUGUACGGUACGGUAGAAAAGCAGAUCCAAAUGGCGACUAUAUAAGAACAUAUUUGCCUGUGCUUAAGAACUUCCCUACAAAAUAUAUUCAUGAGCCCUGGACUGCACCUGAGUCAGUGCAACGAGCUGCGAAAUGUGUUGUUGGAGGUGACUAUCCGAUGCCUAUGGUGGAUCACAUCAAGCAGAGCCAGAACAAUAUUGAAAGGAUGAAGCAGGUGUACCAACAACUUGCUCACUACAGAGGAAAAAUUAAUCCUGCUAUAAAGUCUCCUACUGUGGACCACUACCCAUCACCUCCACCUGAGUACGAGAAGAAAAGAAGCAACAAGACUGGCAAAAGUGAUAUCCAGCGUGAUUCUAGCUAUAGAGUUCAAGUGCAGGCCUGACUCAAAUGUGCCUCGGAUGAUCAUGAAUGCUAAGCUGCAAGUGCAGCAUUCCAACUCUUCUCGACAGAACCUAGAAAGGUAGAAUCUUGGGUCUUGAUACAAAACCAAUAUCAUGAGACAGUUAUACCUGCCAUGUGUGGGGGUAAUGAUUGAACAGUAUCAUCUUGGAGGUAUAUAAACAUCAUUACAGUAGUUACAACACACAUUUGCAAAUGUUAGCUGGUUUUAUGAUCACUAAUACUAGUAUUAAGUUUGAAUUACCCGAUUCUAAAUACUGUAGAUAACCUUCUGGAAAAAAUGAAUCGUUGCCGGAACUCUUAGCAGCUUCAACGUGAAUCAAUCACUUGCUACUUAUUUACUAUCGGCAUUUACACCGGUGUUACUUUUAUGUUACAAGUAAUGUUGCAUAAUGGAAUUGACUGACAAUGACCAUAAAAUAGCUAAGAAAUACAUGUAAAUAGCUGGUAGAAAACUGUCACCAUGAAAGCAUAAUGUGCGGUUAUGAUCUUCACAUCUUUACUUAUUUCCUGUGAUCUGGUCGUGUGCUAGAUCUCUAGAACAUUUAUUUAUAUUUAUUUUGUUACUACUGUAGAUUGAUUGUUGACCAAGGUUGACACUGUGUUUAUCAGAAUCAUUGAAUCAAUGAUUAAUAAAUCAUCAGUAGAAAUGAUAAUUUUAUGGUUAUUGUUUAGAAUGUCUAUGCUAUCAACACAUGCAAUCUCUGUCAUAGUAACCUGGGGAAAAGCAUCCACACAACAUUUGCACAGAUAUGCAACCUUCUAGCACAGUGAUUUUUUAAGUCGGCUCAUAGUUGAUUGGACCGGAGUUUUAUUCCUGUGUAGGGCAAGAUAUUUAUUCACAUUUCCUCUGUUCCCCUAGUAGAAAAUAGGUACUCCGGAGUUAAGUAACCGUUGUGGGCUUCAUCCUGGGCAAGGUGAGUCAUUGAUCUCGAUUACCUUAACAGGCUUCUUGUCACCAACAGUAGAAACCCAUAUAUUUCGGCAAAUGACUAUUUUAUUAAAUGUGUGCAUGCACACAUGUACACUUGUGUGCACUAGCCAUAAGACAUAACCAGAUAUUCUUGAUAUUCUUGCAUGCACGUAUGUGUAAAUAGUUCAGAGAUCAUUGAAUGUCUCGAGUUUUGCACAGCUAAAGUAGAAAUCUACACAGGUGGAUACAUUGGCACAUGUAGGAUGCAUAAAGAACAUAGAGUAAAUAUAAUAAUUAUGCAAAAGAAAAAUGGGAUGAGCCGAGUUUUGUAUUGCAAACCACAAACACGUACAAAAUUUAAGAGCAUUCCUGUUGUUUGUAGUGUGUGAUCUAUAAAUUAUUUUCUGUGGUCAUUUUCAAAGGAGUCAGUUCAAGUCCAAAAGCUUAUUCCUACAGCUUCUGGAAACUCCUACAGUAUACUUUUUGGACAAGGUGGAAUGCAUGUUUAAUUUAUAUAGCCAGAUGAGAAAAGUAUGCAACUAUGAAAAAAAAGGCUCUAAGCCAGGAAGACUAUAUAGCAUUGUCUGUUUUUGGAUUUUCAAAAGGUUUUUGAAUAUUACUAAAGAUGCUAGUAUGAAAACAAAAGAACAUUAGGCAAGUGAUAUGAAAGGUAUUGGAUUCCCCCAAGGGAAGAGAGACAAGCGACCCCCAGGGACAUUAGGAGAGCAAGACAUAUCCUGAAAAUCAGGACAUUCUACAAGGGGGUGCGUGAUUGUAAGUGGGACAAUAAGGAGCAGGAUGCUGUUCCAUCAAGUGACCAUAAGUUAAGCGAGUGUGACCAAUACACAACUUGGCCAAAGCAGUUUUCCAUCGUCUAUUAUGAUGGUAGUUGGAAGACUAAGGGGAAAAGAUCACUUUCAAAGAGCAGCAGUUUAUUAUCUGUAAUACUGGCCCAAUGACCUUGCCAGUUGUAGGUUGCAGAAUGAAUGACUGGGUAGAAAUCUGAAUAAGGAAUUCCUUUCCAGGAAGUGCAAAUCAUCUUAGUGGCAGUGUCUGCAAGUUCACUCAGGGUAACUUCAAUAUGGCUAGGAACCCAUCAAAAUUUGAGGGUCGCAUAUUUGUCAGAGAGAUAAGAAAUGGCCAACAUUAGAUUUCGACCACCACAAGAUGCAAAGGGUUAAGACUGCAGAGCGAUGAGGUCACUGAGGGUUAACCACAAAUGAAAAUAAUAUUUAUGCAGAGAAAACAGCUGACAGAGCAUACAAAGUUGCAAGAAGUUGCUAGUCUCCAGGGGCAGGUGACACACAGGUUUUUAAUGAAACUGAUGGUAUAGCCAACACCAUCGAUAAACUUAUACCCAUCUGUGAACAGAGCAGUGGAGUAGGAAACAAAAAAGAAUAGCUAGAAUUGCAAGUAUGUAGUGAUAAAGCUCCAUGGUAUUGUGCCAGAAACUUUGGCAGUGUUGGGUUUGUGGAAAGUCAUCCUGCAUAGUCUAGGGAGUUUCUUCCUCAACAUGCAGAAGUCUGAAUAAGACAUUUGUGUAUUCUCUGGGGUGCAUAAUAAACAUAUGCUGGUAGCAACAGUGUAAUCUCACAUUUUGUUUUGGCAGUUGGCACAUUUACAAAAAUAAAAAGCAUCCCAGUAUUAGUGCUGAUUGACUAUUGUACCUGAUUCACCAUUUCUUCACUGUCAAAAAUUUUGAUUUAGAACAUCCCAUUUAUAGCUGUUUGGUUGCAAGGUAAAGGAAAAAAACAUUAAAUUAGCUAAGAACUGGGCAUUUUACAUGUAAGCUUCUGAAGCUUAUUUGAAAUUCAUCCUUCCUGUAUAGUUUUUAUUGUUACCCAAACUUAAAAAUUUAGUAAAAGUACAUUAAUUAUCCCAAUAAGUGUAAUACAAUCACUACAAGGCAUUCUUAAAGAGGAAUUUAUAAGACGCUUCCAAAAGUUUUAGGAACAAUGAAAGGAGGAUUUAAAUUUGUGGAAUGUCUUUGAAGACAUUCCAAAAAUUUCUUCUCCCCUCCCCCCCCCCCCCAGUAGUUAAUUCCUGGAUCUUGAGCUUCAAACACACAAAUCGUGUCUUAAAUUUGUGCAUUAUACCUCAUAAAUUUAGAUGUAUAAAUUGCCUUACAUGCUAUGUCAACUGCAUAUUUCUAUAUUUUUACUGGCAGAUGAUCUUUUGUACACACAUUAAAAUGUAUAUAUAUGUAUAUAUUGUGGACAAUCUUUUCCUUCACAGCAUCAGGAUGUGUGCUAAAGCCUCACCAAGCAUGUAGAUUGAAAAGGAAACACUGAAUAUUGAAAAUGAAGGGAGUCUUUUAAUCAAUAUAUAUUAGUAUAUUGGUCUCGGAUGCAUUUUAAUACAGUAUUUUAUUUUACUUCUUGGGGGGGGGGGGGGGGGAAUUAAACGUGAAUGAAAUGUUAAAAGAAUAUGGAAAAUAUUUGUUUGUUAUAACAUAAAUAUAGCAAGAACUUCCUAAAAGUAAAUGCAAUAAAAUUAAAAAGAUGACAGUUAACCUUGCCACUAGUAUAUUGUACUCAACUGCUGCCUGUGAUCAUAUACAAAUUAAAAAAUAUAUAUAGUGUAUAUAUAUAUAAGCAUUAAAAUUGUUAAAUUAUAGUAUAGCAAAAUCUUGACAUGUCUUAAAGUUGUUGAUUCUAUGUGAUGCUUUCAUCCAUCCAUGCCAGCACAGUUACAAACACAAUUGGCAAAGCACAUACAGCAACUAUGUUUCAGAAGUGCUUAGCAAAGUCGGUACAAAAAGCUGGAGAUAAUCUAUUGCAAGAGUUGGAAGAUAAAAAUUAUAAACAUGAUUGAUUCCUACAUAAAUUUACUAAUGGUUGACAAUACAGGUAAUCAUGUGGAUGAUGAUAUAUGACCAAAAUAAGAUUUAUUAGAUAUUGCACAUUAGUUUGAAAAAUCUUUGUAAUGUUCAUUACUUUUUGUCAUAAAAGGACUGAAUGGUGAAGUGCUAAGUGGUGGUUCUGUUUAAAUACCUGAAAUGAGAUAAAAAGAUGAAUUUGUGCAAAUUGAAAUUAAGGUUAGGGUGUGGAAAGUGGCUAGUGCUAUGAAAGCCUUAGUUACAAUAAACAACAUAGGAACAGAUGCAGUCUGAGAGCUGCAUAAAGCAGUACUAGUGCUGACCCCUUGUUCAUGGAUGUAAAACUGAUGCUCCACAAAAUGUGAAUAACAAAAAAAAAUAGCAGUAAAAUGAACAACCCGAGAAGUAUGUGUGAUGUUCAGAUUGGAUACAAAUAUUGAAAAAUGUCAUAAGAUAUGAAUAAAAUAAGAAAAUGUCAUAUGUUUUUGUAAUUUACAGUGAUUGACUUUGAGAGACCUUACAUUUUUUUUAGUGGUCAAAAAUCUGUAUAAACUCUUAAUGUAAAUAUGUUCUCAAUAAAGAAUUCUUUAAUUAAA